UGCAUGUGUAUUUAUAUAUACAUAAUAAAUAUACAAAGUAUGCACACAUUUAAGUACACAAAAAAACGUAUUUUGGAUAAAUCGUUUCCCAGCACUAAUAUAAACAUUGAAAAAAUGUAAAUCUAGUGAGCAAGAAAUGUUUGCAUAGAUAACAUCUCCAUUUGUCUCUCUUUGUAAGAGUGCUUGCAUUAUUUACUCUUAAAUUGCUACUAACCUCUCACUUUACACACCUCUGCAUUUUCCAGCGUUGACCAACACUUUUAACAAUUAAAACUCACGUGGCUUCUAUUUAACAUUUUAAAAUGUAAAUAUUAUUCUAAAAAAAAAACAAACAUGAAAAACGGCAAAAUAUCAAAACCAAAGGCAUUGUUUUGUGUUUAUGUAGAGGAUCAUUGUCAGUAUAAUAGUUUGAAUAAAACAAUUUUUGUACAAAAAAAAUUGUUGCAUUCAGUCACUUCCUCAUAAAAAUGAAUGGACAAGACACAUCCACCACAGUUAAUUAGUCUCUGCAAGUUAUUUCAAGGCACAGAGCAAACACUGUCUCUGUUGGGUUUUUAGUUAUAGGACCAUAGAGCUAGCACUUUUUAUAUAUAAACAAUCCAGGAACAAAGGGUACUGAUUUGGGUGCAAUAUCCUCAAGGUCUCUUACCUAUUCAAAUAGCAAGCUGUUAAUGGUCACUUUUUAAUGCGUUCCACCUCAGUAGUACUUUAAAUGCAUUCUGAAGGCAGCAAAGGAAAGAAAUGCUUGAAAUUUAGACUUUCAAUUGGCAAAACCUCUGUAAGUUCCAUUAGACUGUUAUUUCACUACUUUUUUUUAUAUCUAACAGCGGUCUGUGGAUUAAAGUAUUGUUAAUGAUUUCUGUUAAUGAUUUCUUAAAGAAGGGGGAGCAGUGAUGUUUGCUAUGGGUUAUGGAAGGAGGUGCAAGUCCAUUAAGGCUGACAUCCUAGUGAGAGUAGAACAGAACAUUUAGUUUAAAGAUACUGAGUUUUUCCACUUCACUUGAGAAAACCUUUGCUCUCCAACCUCAGGUUGGUUCCUUGUGCCAGUGGUUAGACCUACAGAUUACAGAUUUCAGAGCAAUGUGGAAUUUAUUCCUCUGCCUUUUACCUUGUCUGCUGCUGGUCCUGGUUACAAUAUUACGUCGAUGGAACUUGAUCAGUCGUCUUGCAGAUAGUACUGUUCUGCUGUUGGGUCGCUGUUUGUGGAUUAUGGCCUGUAGACUCUUGAAACUGCCAUGCUUUACAGUAUCAGGAUCAAUAGAAGUCAGACUGAUCUGUAAACCCACAGCUCUUGCCAUUCACCUGAAGAAACACUGCUAUACUUUGGCCCAGCCUCCUUUAGCAAGAUGGCCUCAGGCCGACCCUCAUUUUCAGACAAUUACCAAUCUCAUGUUGCCCACAAAGGAAGGCGCUGAACAGCAAGGAGGAGUACACUUUACACGGGAUAACCUACUUCUAAAGGAUGGGGGUAUUGUGGCCCUGGACUGGGCUGUGAGUUUGACCGACCAACAAGCUCAGACCAAAAGAGAUCAUCAUCCUGGAGGAAGGUUACUGGUUACUAGUAAUCCUGCUAUUGUUGUUAUAAUUCCCAAUGCCCUAGGCAGAGUAACUCCACACUUGCUCAUGUUGUGCUACAAGGCUUUGCAACAGGGUUUCUAUCCAGUGAUUUUCCAUCGACGUGGUCAUGGUGGCUGCCCACUGACUACUCCAUACUACCAGGAGUUCGGAAAUACUUCUGAUUUUGUGCAAGCAAUAGAACACUUGCGGAGUCAUCAUCCAUCCUCAACUUUGCUUGCUGUAAGUGAGGGCUCGGGAUCAGGGUUACUGCUUUCCUAUCUGGGGGAAUGUGGCUCUUCAUCCUACCUGACGGCCGCUGCUUGCAUCUCUCCUGUGUUUCAUGGACAACUGUGGUUUGAGUAUGAGCUACCUUGGCUUUAUCAGUGGAUAGCCCUCAUCUACCGCAAGUUUCAAAUAAACAGGUACGCCACUGCUUUGAGCUCUGUGAUGGAUGUAGCAAAAAUUCUACAAUGCAACUCCUUGCGAGAUAUGGAGGAACUCAUGUUCUGUGCUCCUAAGCAGUCUGAGCAAAGAAUGUUAGACAUAGGGGACAAUGUUGGAAAGGACAAUUCAAGAUUAUCGGUGAAGCCUGACUGGCCAAGUUACUGGGAGAGGAAUUAACCUUUACGAGAUGCAGACGAAGUAGCAGUGCCAGUGCUCUGUUUGUGUAGCCGAGAUGACCCUCUUGUUCCACCUCUCUCCACUGUACCUGAGGGACUUUUUCGUAAUAGCCCUUACUUCCUGCUGGCUGUGACGCAACAGGGAGGACACUGCAGCUUUAUGCAUGACGAUGGUCAUGGAGGUACUACUUCCUGGAGUCAUUGUGUGGUGCUGGAAUACUUUAGGGUAGUUGCUGAUUUCUUCAGGGCAGAGGAAAAGAAAGGCUUCAAAGAUGUUACUGCACAAUGUGGCAACCAAAGUCUGAGGCAUAGCGCCAGUGCUGUGCUUUCCAGAAGAAGAACAACCUUGCUCCGGAAAGAAAGGCCCACCCGAAGACGGCAAACCUCAACUCCCUCUGACAAAUUCACAUUUGAAGAGGAACAGGAGGAUUUUACUUGGAAUCGAUCCUACACACGCUGAGUAAGGGAAGCAUGUGGAACCAUAAAGGUCAGAUCAGCAGAGCUUAAAACGUUCUACCAGUACGUCUAAGAAAUAUGAGAUGCCCUUAGUUAGGAAACCCAUCGUGCUUUGAUGCAACCAGUGUUGUUAAAAGCGCUAUAUAAAUAAAAAUGACUGAUUGAAACCACAGUUUUGCAGAAAUGAGCAAGGAGGACACCAUGCAAGAUAAAAGGGAAGAAAACGCAAAGAACAUGUUGAUAGACAAAAUGGGCUUAAUUAUGUUGACAGCAUUGGAUGCUAUAUUUAGUCCUUUUUUUGUACAAAUUAUGUUGGAACAUGAAAAUGAUUUUCAGAAAAGUUUGCACUUGCUAACAAUGCAUUAAAGCAUACAAAUGACAAAACCAAAAUGUACUAAAAUUACUUUAUUACAGUUGAUUUGUUUGUCCAGUAGCCCUCUGCCAACAAAAGGAGUAAUUACAAACAAAACAUUACAUUUGUCCCCUUACGUUUUCAUAAUUUUUGUAUAUUUUAAUUCACUUGUAAGUGUUUUGUUAUGAAUAGCCAUAAUUUUUGUAAUCUCUCCAACAUUCAGUUUUUCACAAUCUAUACAUUUUAAUACAGGUUAUAUAUGGAUUGCUAUGGUAAUGUUGAAGCAGGAAAACAAGACAACGACCAUCAAAAGAAAAAGGUUGAAAUACUGGUAAACUCACUGUACAGAGAUGUACCCCCUUCUUUAAUUAUUAUUCACCCUGUUGUUUUCACACAAGGAUGCUAUGAGCUAAAGAAAUCUGCUCUUUUAUAACAGGACAGGACACACCUCUUGUAUUUGGAAAAUACUGCAUGACCCUGUUUGUGAGCGUAAACUCACAUUUUGAGUCUAUGGCUGUUCCUGUGGUCCAGUGAUUCCACUGGAGUAAUGAAUGUGAUUAAAUGAUUGGCAUGUUAUAUAGCAUUUAC